GCGGGUUGUUCUUAAACCAAGUAAAUGGCGUAGAAUUCCGACGUUUUCUCGUUACGCAAUGGCCUCCCAUUCUUUGUCGGAGUCUACUUCUUACGUAAUAAGGCAGGAAAUAGCUCGGUUCGAAAGUGUACAUCCCAGCAUUUAUGCCAUCUAUGACCUUAUAGAGAAUAUAGACGAUAAAAGCCUAGCCGAUGCUCUAAGGCAAUUAGUUGUCUCCAUUGAAGAUGCCUUUGUCAAUAGCCAGGAAUGGACACUCAGUUUCAAUGUUCCUGACAUAAAACUGGUAAAUAAUUCUAUUUUUCUCAUUGUCCACGAAGGGGCUGUUGGGGACAGUCAGAAGUGGAAAGUCAGCACUUGUACAUAG